ACUCAGCAAAGCCAGGGUGGGGACAGGGACACUGACACCAGACACCUGUAAAUUAUUCACUUGUGCUGUGAACACCCGCACUGAUUUCCUCUGGGACUGAGAAUUCAUUUGGGGAGCCCAUAGGAGAAGCAAGCAGAAGUCACCUUGGAAAUCCAGAGGCCAGAAUGACCAGCAGCCAGAACAUACACACUACCGGGCAGAUGGAGGCUGAUCCGAGCCCACAGGAGACAAAGGGGGUGAAGAAAAAUGCAGUACUCAUGGAUAGUGUUGUACUCAAUGGACCAAUAAUUGACAGCGAUUCUGGAGAAAAAUUUGUGGAAGAGGUUUUUAGGAUACUGAUGAAUGAAGUUGUAUAUAAGGCAACCGAUGUCACUGAAAAGGUCUGUGAAUGGAAAGAUCCAGAGCAACUUAAGAAACUUCUAGAUGUAAAUAUAAAAGACAUUGGAGAACCUCAUCAGAAACUAUUACAACUCUGCCAGAAUUCUAUUAAAUACAGCGUCAAAACAAGUCACCCAAGAUUCUUCAAUCAGUUGUAUGGUGGACUGGAUCAUUACUCUUUAGCAGCACGUUUUAUUACUGAAGCUUUGAACCCAAGUGUAUACACAUAUGAAGUAUCACCUGUGUUUAUACUAACUGAAGAGGCUGUCUUGUUAAAGAUGAUGGAAUUUCUAGACUGGAAAGAGGGAGAUGGUAUAUUUAGCCCAGGUGGCUCGGUAUCCAAUAUGUAUGCUGUAAAUUUAGCGAGGUACAAGUAUUGUCCUGACAUAAAAGAGCAUGGACUGUCAAGCGUUCCCCGGCUUGUCAUGUUUUCUUCAGAAGAGUGUCACUACUCCAUGAAGAAGGCAGCUGCUUUCCUUGGUAUUGGCACACACAAUGUGUAUUUUGUUAAGGCUGAUGAUCAAGGAAAAAUGAUACCAGAAGACUUGAAUAAACAAGUACAGAACGCAAAAGAAGAAGGAGCUGUGCCAUUCCUUGUUGUUGCCACAUCUGGCACUACAGUGUUAGGAGCAUUCGAUCCUUUGGAUGAUAUUGCAGACAUCUGUGAGGAGCAUAAACUUUGGUUCCAUGUGGAUGCAUCUUGGGGGGGGUCAGCACUAUUGUCUCGGAAAUAUAAGAAAUUGCUUCAUGGUAUCAGCAGGGCUGAUUCAGUGGCGUGGAAUCCUCAUAAAAUGUUAAUGGCUGGGUUACAGUGCUGUGCCCUGCUAGUGAAAGACAAUACGGAUUUGCUUAAAAGAUGUCAUUCAGCGGAAGCCUCCUAUCUCUUCCAGCAGGAUAAAUUCUAUGAUGUUCGAUAUGACACCGGGGACAAGUCUAUUCAGUGCAGUAGACGAGCAGAUGCAUUCAAAUUCUGGCUGAUGUGGAAGGCUUUAGGGACCUUAGGACUAGAGGAGAGGGUAAACCGUGCUCUAGCAUUAUCCAAAUAUCUAGCUAAAGAAAUUAAGAAGAGAGAUGGAUUUGAACUUCUUUGGGAGCCAGAAUAUGCAAAUAUCUGUUUUUGGUACAUUCCGCCAAGUUUAAGAAAAAUAGAAAAUAAGGGACCAGAAUAUUGGCAAAGACUGAACCAGGUAGCCCCCACAAUUAAAGAGAGAAUGAUGAAAAAAGGAAGUAUGAUGAUAGGAUAUCAACCUCACCGGGAUAAAGUUAAUUUCUUCCGUCACAUAAUCAUCAGUCCCCAAGUUAGCCGUGAAGACAUGGACUUUGUACUGGACGAGAUUGAACUACUUGGCAGAGACUUGUAACUGUGGCCUAGCAGCACGAUGUGCUGCUCUUGCUUGGGUUUUAAAGUCAGAGGGGCAGCAUUACAAACUGAACAACCAUCGCAAAUAGUUAGACAAGACUGCUAUCCUCUAAUAUAAUAAUGUAUUUUGUGACUAAUUUUUAUGCUACUUAUAAAAUAUUGCAAAAAACAAUCAAUACUGAGAAAAAGCUAUAGAGAAUGAAAGAAGAGAUUACCAUUUUCUACUUUAAGGCCUCUUUCACACGGGCGUCGUGUGUGAGGGCAGGAUAGGAUGUGGGUGCGUCGUGGGAAAAUGCACGAUUUUUCCGCGCGAGUGCAAAGUGUUUUU